AUGGCAGAAACGCAACGUCCAUUUAAGGUACUCAUUGUAGGGGGUUCAGUAGCAGGUCUCUCGCUAGCCAAUGCACUCGAGCGCGCUGGAAUCGACUUCGAACUAUUCGAGAAACGGGAAGUGGCGCCAGAAAUAGGCCAGUCUAUCCUGCUACUUCCUUGCACCAUUCUGGUGCACGAACAGUUAGGCAUCGACAAGCCGACUCAUGAAGCUGGAAUUCCGAUUGGGAAUCGCGAGCAUUGGGAUCACAAUGGUAAUCUAUUCUGCUGCUCAGAUGAACUAAUUCGUCUCCAGGAGGUUCAAAAACGACCUGUGUAUUUUAUAGACCGUAGAGUCUACCUCCAGAACCUAUAUAACGGUCUCAACGAAUCCUCGAAAUCGAAAGUCCAUGAUCAUGAGGGCUUGGACUCAUUUACUGAACACGAGAAUGGCGUCACGCUUAGGACCGACAAGGGCAAUGUCAUUGAGGGCAGCAUUAUAGUGGGUGCCGACGGCGUGCACAGCCGGGUGCGCCAGCAAACGGCGCAGCUGCUCAAGACUAUUGAUCCUAAGAGUUCCGAGAUCAUGGCCGCGGGAUUCAAAAAUCAGUAUCGGAUUCUGACCUGCACAUCGCGGAACUACUUUGUUGAUGAUCCAAAGAAGCCGUUUUUGAAGAAUGGUGUUGUUGCUAAUUCCUAUUACCCGGAGCAUGGUAUUGGAGGCCUCAUUGCGGCUGGAAUGGAUGGAAAGAUCUUCUGGGCUAUUUAUAUUGCCAACGAUAAGCAGACGCCUUACCCUAGCCCACGAUAUGGACAGGCCGAUAUGGACGAGGCCAUCAAAAAAUGGGGACAUCUUCACGUGACUCCCGCCUUUACUUUUAACGAUCUAUGGGCGAACCUCGUCGGCUCUACCAUGGUACCCAUGGAAGAAGGCGUCCUAGCCACGAAGUGGCACUCGGGCGGUAGAACCGUCCUAGUAGGCGAUGCCGUCCACAAAGCAGCAUCGAAUCUCGGCCUAGGCGGAAAUCUCUGCGUCGACGACGUGUGCUGUCUAGUCAACGGCCUACACACACUUCUUGAAAGCAACAAGUCGCCAAUCACAGCGGAACUUGUCAAAGUCUUUGAGAACUAUGAGCGAGCGGAGCGGCCUCGUGCUGAUUUCGUUUGUAAGGCUUCGGGAGUGUACGCUGGGUUCGAGACUAUGAGUAGGUGGUACUCUAAGCUUUUCCAAUUCAUCUUUCCAUGGAUCCCAUCGACUGUUAAGAUGCACAUCUUUUCUCGCUUCGAUACUAGUGCGCCUGUGUUGGAUUUCUUGCCUAUUCCCCAGCCUCGUGCUUAA